UUUUUGCACACGUAGGGCAAAAGCCCAUUUGUAAUCUACGUGUAUGGCUUUCAUUUUGCCAGAGUCACGCAUCAAGACAUAAGUUGCUGUCGAUUCGUGAGAAAAUUAAUAUGGUAGUAUCUGAAAAAACUAUAAAUCAUCCCCUGGACUGAGGGAAACGUAUCAAGAAUCAUUAGAAAGUUGGAAAAAGAACAAGUUAAAACUCAGAAAAGACCCAUCUGCCAGAGAGAGAGAGAGAGAGAGAGGGAGGAGGGGAAGGAGGGUGGUGCAGUGCCAAAUGGGGAGGAGCCCUUGUUGUUCUAAGGAAGGCCUGAACAGAGGAGCUUGGACUGCUCAUGAAGACAAAAUCCUCACAGAGCACGUUAAAGCACAUGGUGAAGGCAGAUGGAGAGAUCUCCCCAAAAGAGCAGGUUUAAAGAGAUGUGGGAAAAGUUGUAGGUUUCGCUGGUUGAACUAUUUGAGACCAGAUAUUAAAAGGGGCAACAUAUCAGCAGAUGAAGAAGAGCUUAUCAUCAGACUUCACAAGCUCUUGGGAAACAGAUGGUCUUUGAUAGCAGGGAGGCUUCCAGGGCGAACAGAUAAUGAAAUAAAGAAUUACUGGAACACCAACUUGGGGAAAAAGGUUCGAGAUCACCAAAACUCAUCGACAGCAGCUUCGAAACACAACAAAUCUAAUGGAAGAAUUAUGAAGAAAAGUGAUCAGGCGAAGCAACAGGAGCCAACUGGUGGUACUUCCUCGCUCGUGGUCCGAACAAGGGCAAUCAAGUGCUCAAAAGUUUUCAUAAACCCUCAUCAGUACCCACAAAAAAUUGACCCUUUUGACAGGAACAGAGAGGCCAAGCCUUCAAUAGACGGGGAAUGUACAAUGAAUCAAACAUCUGCAUCUACCCCAAUUAAUGGCUUAUCCAUAUCUGAGAAUGAUAAUAACUUCAUGCUUGACUUCGACAUGGGAGAGUUUUGUCUAUCAGAUCUUCUUAAUUCCGAUUUUUCUGAUAGUAUGUAUUAGAAUCUUUAGGUAUUUGCUAUAUAUGUUUUUUUCUUUUUUGUACAACUAAUCAACAACGCAAAACCUGGUUUUCAAUUCCUUGUUUGAUCACCCAUUCAAUCCUAGGAAUUUUGUGAUUUCCAUGUGUUUUCCCCUUUUGAUUAUUCUUUCUAUGUAGCAGUUUUUUUUAUCAUUAUUUCUAUGGCAAAAAAUUAAUACUAAUAACGAUGAAGAUGAUUAAGUAAAAAUUUAUAAAGAAACAUGCAAUUUGAAGUUAACACAGUGCUAAAAUAUGACAAAUGAAAAAGGUUUAAAUCAUAAUCACACCUUCAAUUUGAUUAGAUACAAAACAAAU